AUGAUGGCGUCUGAAUGUAAUACAUAUGCCGACAUUGAUGCAGCAUAUAAAUGCCUCAAGGAGCAGUAUGGUGUCGAAGAUGAACAAUUAAUAUUAUAUGGUCAGUCUGUUGGUAGUGGCCCCACUCUUGAUCUUUCUUCAAGAAUAUCAAACUUGAGAGGAGUGGUUUUACAUAGCCCAAUUUUGUCUGGGCUGAGAGUGUUAUCCCCAGUCAAACGGACAUACUGGUUUGAUAUUUUUAAGAAUAUUAUUGACAAAAUUGGUAUGGUGAACUGUCCUGUUCCCGUUAUACAUGGGGCUGCUGAUGAAGUUGUGGACUGGUCCCAUGGGAAGCAGCUUUGGGAGCUUUCAAAGGAAAAGUUCGAACCCUUGUGGUUAAGUGGAGGUGGACAUUGCAACCUUGAGCUUUACCCAGAAUUCAUUAAACAGCUAAAGAAAUUUGUACAGGCCAUUGGCAAAUCAAAAGCAGCCACAAAUGGUUCUAAAAAAACUACAGUAGAAUCUGAUAAUCAGAGCAAACCAUCGGAAACUGGACCUUCGGAUAAAUAUGAAUUGGGUCCGGACCUUCCAGAAGUUUCUAGAAACAGUUUAGAUAGCUGA